AACAGAAGAUAAUUACGAUUUUGUUUACGUUUACAAACACAAAAGACAGUUAACGUUUUAAAGACCGGAUUUGUUGUGUGGGCCACGCCUAAAUAAGCAUUUUUGUUAUCAAUCAAUGAAUUAAUUUUCCAUGUGUAGUUGAACUGAAAUGUCUUCAGGAUACUUAUUUCCAAGCGCCAAAGAUCUCGCUAACCCGAAGCCCUUGAUUGGAUCAUAUGGGAACAUCGAGUUAAAAUCGUUUGAGCAGCAACAAUACCCAGUCAGUUACCAUCCAGUGAAUGAGUACGAUCAGCCAUCUAGCGAUCCAUACUACGAGGACAAAAUAGCCGAUAACGUUGGCGAUUUUUCACCCUUUUAUAUUGCCAUUACAUUCUGCACCAUUAUUGCAUUUGCUUUGUUUGUCCUAAACAUUGCACUUGGUUGUUGCUCCAGAUAUUCUGAGUAUUGGAACGACAGACAUACAGGAAAUCGGUGGAUAGUGUCUUUGUGGACCGCAACACCACAUAAACAACCCGCACUCGAUUAUUCCACUGAGCUUCAAGAAAUCUCGUCUCAAAAUCAAGUCGUUUACCAUCACCCCCGUGAAGAAGAGGCUCGCGAGGAAGCAGAAUUUCUAGAGCUUAGAACUAAGAGGGAAAGUGAAAUUUAAUCGAAAUUUACCAAAUUUCAUAAUGUUUCACGUGUACUGGCCCAUGACUGCUUUUGUGACUCUCAUUCUAGUGGUGGGAGCCAUUAUGGGAAUUCUAAAAUGGGGCGCAAAGUAUUGCAAACUGCGCCACACCACUUUACCAGAUAACGAGUAUUUACGCCAUAGGGCUUAUGAGCAAGAAAUCUAGCGUAAAACUCUUAAAUAGAUUAUUUCGCUAUAUUUCUUCAUUUAUAACUCCACCAGCACAAUUUUUCCACAACGGUUUUUCAAAUGGCCUUUAGUAUUAGUCAGGUAGUUUUAAGCAUUAAUAAUUAGUUCCGUCCAGUUACUCAAAUGUGUGAGAGAUAUUUGUCAUCGCCUUACUGUUUUCAUUUCGGAUGAAUAUUGAAUCGAAUAUUAGCUAGGAAUUUACAGAAUACAUCUAAAAAACUAAGUUAAUUGAAUAAGAUUAAAAAAUACUACAUAUCUUGAAAAUUUGUAAUUUUCAAAUUUCCUUCUAAGAAACUUUUAAAACAAUGACAAAACCCAAUAAUCGCCUCUGACAUGUUCUUAGUUUAAGGUCGUGCCGUCCAUUUUAUACAUUUGCUAUUAACAGUUUUUUAUAAUAAACAUCUUCACAUCAA